GUUCAUUGGUGCUAAACAAUGUAGUCCAUGUGUAAAUAUCAUCGCUCAAUUCAUAGUACUAAUUUUUUAUGCUAAAUAUAUUCUCCCAAAGUUGAUCCUGUUAUCAUGUGUUGCUCAAUUAUGACACGCCACAUGGCAUCCCCGCUAAGAAAACCUGUCCUCCCACAUACCAAGUGGUCCGUCCCAGUAUGAGGGCAGACACGCCCCUAAUAGAUCAAACCAAAUGGAACCUGCUCUACUUCCCUUUAUCAUCCUCGCUCUCCUACUCCAUCUCCGGCAAGCUGAAUCCCCCGAUCCGGCAUGCCGGAACACCUGUGGCUCGCUGACGAUCAAGUACCCCUUUGGCACCGGCUAUGGCUGUGGCUCUCCACGGUUCCACCCUUAUGUGACUUGCGUCCAUGGGCAAGAUGACGACACGCUGGUCCUCACCAGCCACACCGGCUCAUACCCGGUAACCUCCAUAUCCUACACAACCUCCAGCCUCAUCAUCUCCCCGUCCGAUAUGUCCACCUGCACCUCCAUGAAGCCCUCGCCGAACCUGGGCCUCGACUGGUCCGGCCCCUUCGAGCUCGGCUCAUCGACAUUCGUCCUCCUCCAUUGCAAGUCCCCUAAUACAUCCCUCACCAUCAAGGACUUAUCCAUAUGUGAUCAUGGCUCCUCCAAUCUGUGCGCCUCGAUGUACGCAUGUCCGGCCAUUCUCGCCCUCGGGUUGCCACUGUUUUCCCCGACCGACACCUGCUGCGUCUAUUCCCCGGCGAACUUCGACAGCAAGGGCGAGCUGGACCUUCAGGCCUGGGAAUGCGACGGGUAUGCCCCGGUGCUGACACUCGGGGACUACCCGACCGACCCGGCGCGGUGGGAGUACGGGGUGGAGCUGAAGUACACACAAGGGGCAUUCGACAGUAACCACAUGGACACCAAGUGCCCAACUUGCGAGAACAGUGGGGGGGUGUGCGGGUAUGACUCUCCGAGCCUUGCCUUCGUUUGCGUUUGUGGUGGUGGCUACAAUACCUCCACAGAUUGCCAUCCAUAUAAUGAGGUGCAGGGGAUCAUCUGGAGUUCAGCUUCUUUUCCAAGCAGGAUGGAUCGUUGGAGCAAUUUGGGCUACAGUGGCCUGGUUUUGUUUGCUGCAGCCUGUUCGAUGAACCAAAGCUUGAGGAGGUUCUUCUUUCACGUUGGAAUAAAUUCAUGAACGAAUCUGUAGGGACAAAAUCAUAUAUCAAAGUGGAGAAUAAAGGCUUGCUGUCGAUUCUUCA